AAAUAACAGAUCCGGAAUUUAUACUCCAGUAUAAUCUAAUAAUUGUUCAAAUAAUUAUGUUAGGAUUCGAAAAGUUUAUCGAUCGUCAAUAGUCGUUAACUUCGAUUAUAUCGGAUUUCCUUGGUAAUCAUAUAAACUAUAUAAAGUAAUCACAUAAAUAAGCUUAAGAUUUUAAGAGAUCGGUUUUAAUAUUAUCUUGUCGAUGUCUUUGAGAUUUAGAGCAGGAAUAGAUCCUUUGUUAUGAAUUUCUGAACUCGUCCCUCAAGAGAGAGACUGUGAGAUCUAUCGUUCUCGUAAAACAGCAACAGCUGUUUAUCCGUGCACGUUUAAUCCGCAAACACUGAUGUAUGACGGGUUGCAGCGGUGCAGGCGCCCGAGAAGGAACGUUCGCGUAACUUUAUUUAAUUGCAUGCGAGUCUCUUUGCUAUCCAUUGAUUAAUCUCUCUCAUGUGCGAGAGAGAAAGAGAGAGAGAGAGCACACUCGCGAAAUGCAGGCGCGAUGUGAAAUUUAUCGCUUAUCACUCUCAUACCGGGACGCGCACUUUGCCGUGCCUCAAUAAUGCACGGCGCGCUGCGCCCGAGAGUUUUAACCCGUCCGUUUUUGGCACCGGCUGCAGUGGCACGUUCACGCGUCGAAUAUCCGUUUCAAGUACCUCGCGGACGUACCUACUCCGAGCAUUUUAAACGAUGGUCAUAAGGAAGAGAGCUUCCUUCGAUUCGAUUAAACGAAACCGGUUUGCAAUAAGAUCUCUCCAAUUUACAAAUCGAUUUGCAUUAGAAAUUACGCGGAGAGGCGCGGAGGGCACAGUUAGAUAUUGCGCCUUCUACGUCGUACAUUUUGACAUUGAAACGUACAUACACGUGGAAACGUUUCAUACGUUCUGGCCGCUCCCGCCCCGGGAAGCCGAGUUUCAACCGGCGAGACGAAAAGUAUUUUCCGGCCGCUCUCGCGUGAUCCGCCUCGCGCGCUCGUUAUAUUAUUUUAAUUCGCGAGACAACGCGUGGGACUAAAGUCCGCGCAAUAAACAGCGCGGCGUUAUCGCGCGGUGAGCGAGCGAGACGGGGAAUUAGCGGUGUCCGGACGCGCGCGAGGGAGAGAUAGACGCGCGCACGAGAGAAAGAGACAGAACGAGGGAGGGAGAAAGAGAGAGAGAGGAGUACAGUGCAGCGAUGUGGGAUAGUUGCGAUGAGAGCGAGUGUGGUGAGUUGAAUUCUACGAGGACGACGGUUGAUCGCGCGAGGUCCGAGAUGUUCGAGCCUACGGAGCAGGGAAAGGAUCUCUGCAUCCAUACAGGUGUUGUACUUCGUGGAGCAAAUGCCAGGGAAGAUGAAGUUCACAGUUCAGGAACACUGAAUAUUGUGGAAUAUAGUUUUGGCAAAUGCAUAGAAUGGAAGCCUGUAGAAGACUCUGUGGUAUCGGAGUGUCAAGAUCAGGAUCCAGAAUGGUCCCUAGUGGAUACACAUACGAGAAGGACUCGCACGAACUCGGAGGGUCCAGACUCCUUUGGACGUACGAGAACCGUUAAGAUCUUAUUCUCCGAACUAAAGUCAUUUCGUGUGAAUCAUGGUGGACAGCAGCUUAUAUUUAUGCAAAGAGAUGGUACCACCUACGUUGCCUUCUUUCAGCUGGCUAAUGCUGAAAGUUUUAUUAAUUCGCUAAAGGGAUUUAUUAAAUUUGUAAAGUCUCGCUCGGACAAGAAUUUGUAUCUUGUGUUGGACGAAGUUGAAACUGUAUUAAAGAAAUCCUUUGCCGAAUUGGAUCUGUUUCAAGAGAACACUUCCGAUUAUGUAUGGAAGUUUGUGAAAAACUUACAUAAUCGUCCUUAUGAAACAACACUGGAGGCAUUCAGCAAACUUGCUGAUAUUUGGUUGUAUAAAGAGCCAGUGAAGCGACCUGUUGAAGAAGCUGUUGCCGACUUGUUAAAUCAGUCUCUUACGAUUGAGCCUCAUCGGCAUGUGUCUGUAUCUGUAGGAUCCGGAGAAGAAUAUGAAGUGAUUGGUGUCGGAAUCGACCUACCUCCACGACCACCGUGUCCACGUGGUGCGCCGUUAACACAAGAACAAUGGCAGAAAUGUAAAGAUAAAGAAGGAAGAAUCAUUGACCCCGAAGCUAUCAAAGAAAUUAUCUUUCGAGGGGGUAUCUGUCCAUCUUUACGUUUUGAAGUAUGGAAAUUUUUAUUGAAUUAUUAUCCAUGGAAAUCGACACAUAACGAAAGAUUAGAACUUAAGAGGAAAAAGACUGACGAAUAUUUCACAAUGAAAUUACAAUGGCGUACAUUCACUACCGCGCAAGAGAGUCGAUUUUCCGAUUAUAGAGAGCGAAAAAGUUUGAUAGAAAAGGAUGUUAACAGGACAGACAGAACGCAUCCAUAUUAUGCGGGAGAUAAUAACCCACACUUGGAGCAAUUAUACGAUAUACUCAUGACCUAUGUAAUGUACAAUUUUGAUUUAGGAUAUGUUCAGGGUAUGAGCGAUCUACUUAGUCCUAUCUUGUUUUUAAUGGAUAAUGAGGUAGAUGCAUUUUGGUGUUUUGUUGGAUUCAUGAAUAAAGUGAGCACUAAUUUUGAGAUGGAUCAAAAAGGUAUGAAAGCACAAUUGUGCCAAUUAUACACAUUAUUAUGCACUACGGAACCACAACUGGCAUACUAUCUAAAUAGACACGAUUCUGGCAACAUGUUUUUCUGCUUUCGGUGGUUGUUAGUAUUAUUCAAGCGGGAAUUUAGUGCGGUCGAUAUAUUGAAAUUAUGGGAGAUACUAUGGACCGAUCUACCCUGCAAAAACUUUCAUUUGCUUAUAUGUGCGGCUAUUUUAGACACAGAAAAAAAUAUAUUAAUAGAAAACAAUUAUGGAUUCACGGAAAUUUUAAAGCAUAUAAACGACUUGUCACUUCACAUCGAGUUGCCUUGGACGAUCUCUAAGGCGGAAGGUAUUUAUUAUCAGCUAAUGUCCAUGGAACAUCAAAUUCCCGAUGACGUUCGUGUAAUUAUCGGAUUGGAGCCAUUGCAUAAAUCGUCGUCAACGAACGGAAGCGAUGACGAAGCGUCCAGUAAUAAUGCCCGAGCUAAUGGUCCUUGUAACAAUUCGAGAAGAAAUAGUUCAGGCAGUGCCAAUGUUAAAUUAGGAGAUGAUGAAGUAUCUUUUGAACGUGGAUUGAACAUGUCGUACAUGUGAGGACAGGACUGUACCUUCAUAAUUAUUCAUUGACUAGAAAAUUUGAAAGUCCACACUAACGGAGAAUGAGAUAUGCAAUUUUGAUCUCUCCGAAAAUAAAGCUCUUACAUAUUGUCUGAUGGUUUGAAAUAUAAUUUACCAUUAUUGACAAGUUUCCGAACGGCUUUCAACGAAAUUGAAUCGAUGCUUCGAAACAUAAACGAUAGGAAGCACAUUCCUUGACUAUGCAUCAAUCAGAUUUCUUUUAAUUAUUGAAUAGUAGAUACAAUUAUUUUUCUUCUUUUGUUUUAAAUGUUGUGAUUGACUGAUUGUGAUCGAGAUUAAAAUUCUAAACUAUAGAACGUGACUGUUUCGAAAAAGAACUAAUAGUAGUGUUGAAUUUUGAAAUAUUUAUUACAUAUGUAUACUAUGUGUACAGAGAUGAACAAGGAGGAAAAGUUUAUAAUCGCUACGCGUGUAGAAAAAUGUGCGGAUAUUUUAGCGCGAAGAAAACCCCGCGACAAUUGUGAUGUGUGACUUCCAUGGACUUCUGCAGAAACAAAAUAAAGAUGAGACAUCCCCAGACCUCGACAAGUGUUACAUAUGCGUAACUUUUACCUAAGUUAGUCUCUUUUCUAGAUUUAUAUAAAGCUUCACGAUAUUACUGUACAUUUCUAAUAAAAAAUCACUUAUUUAAUCUUUCAUAU